AUGAAUGCAACAUUACAAAAAAAACUGGAAAUCGCAUUAAAGCCAUCUCAUUUGAGUAUCGAAGAUUUCAGCGAUGGAUGCGGAUUGAAAUUUCGUCUGGUUAUUGUUUCCGAUAGCUUUGACAACAAAACGACCUUAGCAUCGCAUCGAUUGGUUUAUGAUGUUUUAAAAGAAGAAAUGCAAGCAAUACACGCGCUUGAAAUCAAAACUUAUACACCUGAAAAGUGGAAUGCAAUGGAUGAAAGCGAAAGGAUGUUUAUUUAUCAAUUGUUGAAGUGGACAUCCGGUAGUUCUACCAGUGAAGAGGGAGAACAACAACCAGAUGAAAAAAUCAGUGAAAGACUUGCAACAGAAUUCGCUUCUGCUUGCACUUACUUACCCAUUGCACUUAGUGAGGGCCUAAUUUCACGUGAAGACCGGUUAUAUUUUUAUGCUCGAUAUAAGCUUGUUACAUACGGAAAAGCUGAUGCCAGUAGGAGGCCCAAAAUAUACGAUAUUAUUAGUCGUGAAAAAUUCGAUGCCUGGUUAGCAUUGAGCGAUAUGUCAACAGCGGAAGCUAUGAGACAGUAUGUUGCGAGGCUUAUUGAACUCGACCUUGGUUGGGACGCAAGCCAAAUCUAUCGUAUUCGUUAUGGAGUUAGACCGAGUACAUUAGCGGAUGCUAAAUCUACUGAAACAGAAUCAUCUGACAUGAGUUUGGAGCAGAUUGAAUGGUUUGCUGCGUUAGAUGAAGGCAAUGUCGAGAAACUAAGAAAUCUUCUAGCUGGCAAUCUAGAGCUUCUGGAGGAAAGGAAUGAGAAUCAAUUAACUGCAUUGCACUGGGCUUCUGACCGUGGAAAAUUGGAACUUGUUAAGUUUCUCGUUGAUGCUGGGGCUAAUGUUAAUAUUCAAGAUUAUGGUGGACAAACGCCUCUCCAUUAUGCCGUUUCAUGUUCCCAUCGAUCUGUAGUCGGUUUUUUGCUCAAGAAUGGUGCUGAUCCAGCAGUGGCUGAUUUUGAAGGGAACUGUGCGUUGGAUAUCGUCAGUGAUAAAGUUAUUAGGAGAAUGUUAGAAGAUGCUCUUCCAGGAGGAGUUAAAUCUUGA